ACUGCCGCUCUAACCUUUCCCUUGUGUGACCUUGAUCCCAGUCAAAGAACUUUGUUUGACAGGCCAGUAAGCUCUUUGCAUGGCAGGGCGUGUGAGUCAUUCUACACACUUCUCGAUGGUAACCAGUCUGAAGGAAUUGGAAACAUUGCCGGCCGUACUAUCCUUCAUACCAUUCUUCACUCGCUUCAACGCAUCACGUUUGACGAGGACCCCCUCAGGUUGCUUCUGCUUGAGACGACUUAUCAACCAUUCAUCUCGCUAUUACACUGAUGGAGAUGCUAACCAUGCAUCCGCCCUUGCAUUUGAGCUUCUUCGUGGACCUCCACCUGAACUGCACGAAUUCCUCCGCAUCAAGUUCAAGAACGGGACCAAUGAAGAUUUCCAGACUUAUCCCAUCUUCGGUCACAAAGGAGACCUUGCGGUAACAGAAUUCUUGUAUCGCCUUGAGAACUUUGCUAUCUCGAGCCAAAAACAAUGGGAAUCUGCAUGUGGAAUCAAUCACGGCUACUUCGGUAUCAUGUCUGGUGCUGAGAACAUUAACAUGCUGCUCGCUGCCUUUUCAACAUUCAUGCUCGCUGGGGUGUUUGCUCUAUCGUGGUUCAAGCGGAGGCGGAGCACAUCUGUUCCUGUUCCUGUUGUGCAUGUUGUUAACAGCGAGAAGGGGAGACUUUCGCCCCAGUGAGCUUGGUGUGAGGCGGAUAGGUGAUAUGGGUGUCAUUUUUCAUUUUUCUGCAUUUGUUUAGAUCAACGGUCUUUGUUUUACUUGGACUAUGUUUUCAUUACAAUUUUGAAUCUGCAAGAUAUUGCAGGCCUGCUUGUCGCUACGCAUAAGCGA